AUUACAACCAUUCACAUUUGCCUCCGUCACACCAUGGCUCCCAAGGGCAAAGCUAAAGCAAAGGAAGCAACCUCUGAGAAAGGUUCUAGCAGCAAAGUGAAAGGCGCACAGAGCAUUAAUGUCCGCCAUAUUCUAUGUGAAAAGCAUUCCAAGAAAGAGGAAGCGCUCGCGAAACUCGUCGCUGGGACUAAGUUCGACGAAGUAGCUCGCGAGUUUUCGGAGGACAAAGCCCGCGCAGGUGGAGCACUUGGCUGGAAGACCCGCGGAGAUCUUAUGCCUGAAUUUGAAGCCAUUGCCUUUGAGCUGGAAGCGUCAACGACCAGCAACCCGAAAUAUGGCGAAGUGAAAUCGUCAGAAGGCUACCACAUCGUGAUGGUGGAGGGCCGUAAAUAGUCUCCUGCGAGAAAGCUCAUAGUCUUGUACGGCUCUGAAAUUUGGAAAGACAACCUUCCACUGUCUUGGCUUGAGGCCACCUGGUGAGGCGGGCAGGCUUGCGAGUGCCGAAUGUUUCCAGCGUUUGCAUUGCUCCAGUGUCGAAUGAAUGAAAUUGAGCAGUGGAAGUGGAGAGAUUGAUAUGCUUCAUUUUUCGUCUAUUUCCAUUUCCCCUUCGUCAUCAUCUCUCUCCACAGCUGGCGCUGGACCGACUGGCAGCACCAUCUUCUCCAUACAGAUCAUGCGCACUCGCUCCAUCGGAAGCCCCAUGCCGAUAGACAUGUAGUGAAUGAGCGGUGGAUGGCCCACAAUGCUGGCAUAUGAAUCUCGGGC